UGUGAACUAGUUCUUAGUCGAACAGCUGGCUGGCAUUAGGAUUAAAAAUAAACAUAUUUGAUUGAUUUUCUGCCCGAAAGUAUACGUAAACGCGUAGGCGCUCCCACCUGGUAUUUAGUGCACCCGAUUGACCAACUUCGCAUCUUCACGGACAGCUAUGGGUUCCGAUGACCAGAGUGCCGGGGACAGGAUCCAGAAGGGAUUCCAGAUUAACUACAUGAUUUUACGGGACGCCGACAGCGGGAAGAUAAUCUGGCAGGAGAACAAGGACUUUUCGGCACCCGACCAGGAGCACGAGGCCAGGGUGCCGGUGAAAAUACUGGACAUGCGAGCCGUUUCCCGGGAAAUCAACUUCAGCACCAUCGAACCGAUGGAGAACUUUCGACUGGACCAGAAGGUGCUCUUCAAGGGUCGCAUCAUGGAGGAGUGGUUCUUCGAGAUGGGAUUCGUGGGCGCCAACACCACCAACACCUGGCAGUCGACGAUCGAAGCGGCACCCGAGUCCCAGAUGAUGCCGGCCAAGGUUUUAAAUGGCAACGUGACGAUCCAAACCAGUUUCUACGACAACGAGACACUCAUCACCAAAUCGGUUGUGCGCCUGUACUACAUUUAGGCGGUUGUGAGUCAUCUGGCCAGCCACCAGGUGUUCCCUCCCAUCUAAUAACACCAACUGGAUCUUCUCAAGAUGUUCUCUGUUAACACAUACUUCGCUUUAGAGUACUUCUGCAUUUCAAUGCAAUUGUUUGCGCGUUUAUCAACUAGUUGUAGCCUAAUGCAUUUUAAUCUAAUUUUACAUUUACCGUAUUAAUUUAUUAAUAAAACCAUUUAACGAAUGUAA